AUGUACAAGCUUCCUCCACUGGUGCCCGUAGAUUUGGAUGUGAAGCCUGCUGACGUCAUGUAUUUCCUUCCCAGCUAUCACAACAGUGCGAGCAGCAGCGAUUCGCAAGUUAUGUGCAAUGGCCUGCCGGAGGAAAACCAUGACCCGGUUGAAGUCAUAGAGCGCAAGCAGCACGCCCUCAUCAAGUCUCUCAUGAAUCUCACUUCGACGCUGGAUAACUUGUUGACGGAAAUGGGCAAGUCGACCAAAGUGGGAACAAAUGAGAAAGGGAAGAGCAAGUCCAUGAGUGCCGUUCCGCUUUCUACAGAGUCUGUGGCAACAACGAAGGAUGACGCUAAGAAAGACAAAGAGGCAAAGAAGGAAGCCCGUAAGGCUGCCAAGGCGGAAGCUAAAAGCAAGGUGGGCUCCGCUCCGCCUGGUGCAAUCAAGCCUGCAACUAUGGUUGCUUCUGACCGACAGUGGACUAUAAAUGCAGAUUUGGUGCUGAGCGGAAAGCUGACUAAAGAGGCACUCAUACGUGAAGCGAGCCAGUUUCUUUCGCAGUUCGAUGCCCUUGGAUCACAGUUUAACUUCGGUAUUGCCGAUCUGAUUGCAAGUCAUCUGAUUGGUGUCAUUAAGGUAUUCGCUAUGGGCUUCCAUCGACAGCCGAAUGAAGAACAGAAAGGAGCGCGAGAGUUCGUGUUUUGGCACUGGGCCCAGCUUCAGUUCAAGAACCCUCGAGUACAGCUCGUCAAGCACAUCGACACUGUUAUUACUCCCUUUGCGAGAGCGUACCUAAGAGACGGUCGUGAAGUAUUGUUCGACCUUGAAGGUAUGACUCGUGAGGAAAUUGAAUCACGAAUUGCAACAACAUUAGGAAAAACCGAACUUGUCAUGAAACGAGAGGAACUAAUGGAGAUUGCGAAGCUGAACCCAGCUGAUUUUGGUUCGAAAUGCAAAAGACAGGUGCGAGAGUUUCAAGAGCUUUUGAUCAUGACUGUUGAGUUGGUAAGAGGUUAG